UGGAAAUAUGCACGUUAUGUGUAAAGAGCAGAGAUUUACUCUUUAUCUGGAUUAAACGUCAUAAUGAGCGGCCUCUGUAGAGAAGUCAUAACACUGCAAUUAGGACACUAUUCAAACUUUGUCGGAACACACUGGUGGAAUUUACAGGAUGCCUCUUUAUCGUAUGACGCUGACGUGUCCCCAGGCGAGAUGCAAAGCGAUGUUGUGUUUCGCGAGGGACAGACUUUGGGGGGUCAUGUCACUUACACGCCUCGCCUCAUUGCCAUGGAUCUCAAAGGCAGCCUUCAGACUUUACGGCAAGAAGGAAGUCUUUAUGAAACUAGCAAAGAACCCUCCACUUUCACAUGGGAGGGUAACAUAGUGAUGCAUGAGGAAAGCCCCCCAACAAAGAACACAUUCCUCCAAGAUCUGGACAAGCUAGAUAAGGGGCAGAUAUUGGCCGAACCCAAUUUUGACCCUGGCUCCCAGCCUCAAUGCUCAGGUGCGUUGAAUGUGGAGACAGUGAACGGCCGCUUGGAGCGUGUCCAGAAGAACUACAGGUUGGAAGGCAGUGUGAGGGUCUGGUCAGACUUUCUCAGGAUCCACUUGCACCCACGCACCAUCUCAGUUAUUCACCAAUACAACCAUGACGGGGAGGCUCACCGUCUUGAGGCGUUUGGCCAGGGAGAGGCUCUCCUUCAGGGAUCAGUGUUGGAGGACCUCGAGGACAGACUGCACUUCUUUGUAGAAGAGUGUGAUUACCUUCAGGGAUUUCAGGUGCUGUGUGACUUGGCUGACGGCUUCUCUGGCCUGGGGUCAAAGGUCACUGAGAUGCUCCAGGACUCCUACAGUGGGAGAGGCAUCCUAACCUGGGGCCUGGCACCUAUCAGCCACCCAAACUCAACUCCAAUGAAGGACCUUUACCACCAGAUAAACUACGCAUUAGGAACAGUCCACCUGGCCAAUCACAGCUCAUUCUUCUGCCCUUUGACCUUGAGGGGCGGGCUGGGCAGACGUCCCACCCCUCACACAGCAUUCCCCCAUUUAACGUACAAUCCUUCACUGUGGUAUCACUCCAGCUCAGUGCUGGCUCUGGCCCUGGAUGCCCUCACUGUGCCUUACAGGCUGAGACACAACAGCAUUCCCAUGUGGCAGGUGGCUGAUGCGCUGGCUGUAUCUGGGAGAAAGGUGGUGGCAGCAUACGGUGCUGUUCCCUUUCCCAUGAUGCAUGGCAGUUCUCUCCCCGAUGCCCUGAGUGCCAGCUCAGAUGCACCGCCAUGGAAACCGCUGUCAGCCUGCUUGGAACUGGGUGAUGGUCGAUGCUAUGGCCAGUUAGUUACACUCAAGGGCAUGGAGGGCCAACAUCUAGUCAGCGCUUUGGCUCCAGGAACUCAGCCCCCCACUCCUUUACACAGCCUUUAUAAGGGGGAAGACGUCCUAGCAUCUUACAUCCGAUCCUUGUAUCCUGCAUCUCCUUUGGCUUUGCAACUGGUGUCCUCCCCCAGUAAGCUGACUCCACCUUUCCCACAGAUAUUCAGUCAAUUCUUGGAUACGCAAGGCUUUUUGUAUGGCCAGCCUCCUUCUGGAUCUUCAGUGCCAGUAGUCUCCUCCGUGUCCACCCUGACCUCCCUCCAGUCCAGCCCAGCACUCGGUCCUUGGCUGUCUGAGCUGCAGCAGGGUGCUAGUACCCUAGACAUCCGCCGUACGGCCCCCAGCUUCCUCUCCCAAGGGCCCGAGAUGGCAGACUACCAGGAGUCCCUGGAGCAGCUGCGCAUCCUGGCCAAGCAGUAUCGUGAUGACAGUGGUGGUGUGACACGUUCGUCCUCAGAGGAGGAAGACGAUGAUGAUUGAAGACGGCAUCGCAAGAGUCUGUAUUUGACAUGGUUUGGGAGUAAUCCAGACAGACUGAUCUAAACUAACUGCAACUGAUAUUGGCCCAUCAGCUUUGUAUACUUACGUGCAGAUCUAUGCAUGCAACCCUAAAGAUGCGGUGAGAUGUAAAGCACCUGUGCUUUGGUUUCGACGUAAGACCAGGGCUGAGUUAUAUGCCAACAGAGACAAGUAAAACAGUUUGUGUUUUGUUUUUUUAACACUUCAAAGUCGAUUGUAAUAUGCUGGUAAAACAAGAACAAAGGAAACCUGCCACAAUUAUUUUCUGAGGAGAGAAUGUAGAAAAAUGUUUGUCAAGCCUUCAGAAGGAUGUAUAUGUAUAACAGACAAUAGCAAGAUGGAGUAGGACUAUACACUGAUGAGCCAAAACGUUAAGACCACUCACAGGCCAACCAAAUAACACCGAUCAUCUCCAAACAAGUCAAGUCAAGUCAAUUUUAUUUGUAUAGCCCAAUAUCACAAAUUAUAAAUUUGCCUCAAGGGGCUUUACAGCAACACAACGUCCUGUUCUUAGACCCUUGCACAACAUAUUAUGCAGGUGGUCAUAAUGUUUUGGCUCAUCAGUGUAGACAAUAUGGACUGGUGUGGAUUUGUAUAUCUGUAAUUAAAUGUAUUUUAUACCAAACAUGUUUUUUUAUUCAGUACAUUGCUUUUUAAGAUUAUUUACAUUCAUCACACCCUCUGGUCUGGGUCAGGGCCCUUUAAACCUUUGUAAUUUAAUUUUAAAUUAAUAUUU